UCCCAACCAACCCUCCGAUGUGCCGCCAACUGUGUCUGAACACGAGCGCAAGAUGAGCGCAAACUCGCAGUUUCUCAAUUACCCAGAAGUGCGCGAAGGUCCUUCCGUGCCAUACAAGAAUGAAGACCAAACCAUCCCCGUCUUCCGAGGCACUCCGCUCGCCAUCGGCGCUACCCUAAUCCAGCACGUCCCCCUCAUCCAAAACUACUUCUGGCGCAACGCCGGCUUCGGCAUCAUCCGCGACCUCCCACUCACCGACUACGCGCCGCGCUACGACCCCACCGUGAUCCCGAAGCCCAGUCCCUCGCCAACAACGCAAGCAGAGCUGCCGGUCCCGACCGAGCGGCGACGCAAAGGAGACCCCUCCGACGGAACCGAGUCCUCCGGGUACUACACCUCCGCCGACUAUGUGGCGCUGUACCGGACGGGGGAGCUGACGCCGUCCGCCGUGGCGGAGGCGCUGCUGCCGUUGAUCAUGCGAGGCGACGGGACAGCGCCCGGCAGGCAUUCGGUGGCGUUUCUGGAGUCGCGCGGCGAUGCGGUCAGGGCGGCGGCGGCGGCGUCGACGCAGCGGUACAAGGCGGGUCGGCCGCUGGGGCCGCUGGACGGGGUGCCGGUGGCUGUCAAGGAUGAGGUGCAUGUGGCCGGGUACGGGCGGACGCUGGGGAGUAAGCUGGACUUCAAGGGGGGGUACGAGGGGAGCUCGUGGUGCGUGAAGCAGUUGGAGGAGGCGGGGGCGAUGAUUCUUGGGAAGACGAGUAUGCAUGAGCUUGGACUGGAUACGAACAACAACAACCCCAACUACGGCACUCCGCGCAACCCGCACAACCGCAACUACUACUGCGGCGGCUCCUCGGGCGGCUCGGGCUACGCCGUCAGCGCCGGCCUGGUGCCCAUCGCUCUAGGCGCCGACGGGGGCGGCUCGAUCCGCAUCCCGGCCUCGUUCUGCGGCAUCUGGGGACUGAAGCCGUCGCACGGGCGCAUCAGCGGCGCGCCGACCGUCUCGCUGGCGCCGACGGUCGGCGUGUACGGCCCGAUGGCCAGCAGCAUCGACGACCUGGCGCUGGCGUACCGCAUCAUGGCGACGCCGGCGCCGGCGGAGGUUGACCCUACCUCGGCCGCCUUUCCCUCGCCGCUGUCGUCGACCACCAUCACCAACCCAGAAACCCCGGUCGUCGUCGUCGCAAGAACAAUCGGCCUCAUCCCCAGCUGGCUCGCCCGCUCCUCCCCGCAAGUCCUCACCGUCUUCAACUCCACCCUGUCCACCCUCGGCCGCACCAGCCCCCACCACACCACCAAGGAGCUAACCAUCCCCUACCUCCCCGAAGCCCAACGCGCACACGUCCUCACCAUCAUGACCGAGAUUGCCGCGGGGCUGCGCCACCCGCGCGAAAUCAGCGCCCUCACGCCCCCCAAUAAGGUCCUCGUCUCCAUGGGCAUGUAUCAGAUCACAGGCCAGGAUUAUCUGGCCGCGCAGCGCCUGCGCAGCUGUCUCAUGGCGCACCUCGCCCACCUCUUUCGGCAACACCCCGGCCUGAUCAUCGUCACGCCGACCACGCCGAUUCCCGGGUGGAGGAUUGCGUCGCCCGCGGAUCUCACGCGCGGACUGUCGGACGGGGCGGCGUCCGUGCGGAAUAUGGAGUAUGUCUGGAUGGCGAAUUUUACCGGGUGUCCGGCGAUUUCGUGUCCGGUAGGCUGGGUAGACGCAGAGGAUGGGACAGGAGGCAAAGUGCCGGUGGGGUUGAUGGCGAUGGCGGAGUGGGGGGCGGAGGAGGCGUUGAUUGCCUUUGCGAGAGAGUUGGAGGCGGCGUUGGCUGGGGCUGGGGCUGGGGCUGAUGCUGAUGCCGACAACAAGAAAGGAAUUAGGGUUCCCACGGGGGAGGGGUCGGUGUGGGAGGAUGUGGUGGAGUUGGCGAAGAAGGCGAGUUCCGCUUGAAGAGGACACUGGAAAAAGUCAGAUGGUAGGGGCCAGUUGAGGUAUGUAUGCUCUUUGGUGAGUGUAGGAUAGGACGGGUCUUUUGGAUCAGGCUAGUCUGUAAUCAUUGAUCGUUUCGAUCGAGAUUAAGUAUGGAUGUACUGUAUACAUGAC